AUGGUAUACAUAAAUGAUUGGAAUGAAUAUCAACAAGCAGCAGAAGAACUCUAUCAGAGCUCUCCUAAAACGACACGAUACGUAAUAAGUUGGCGACACACUCAAGGUCAAUUGGUGUUGAAAGUUACAGAUGAUCGUACCUGUCUAAAAUAUAAGACGGAUCAAUCAUCCGAUCUUAAAAAAUUCGAACGGUUGAAUAAGUCGUUGUUGCUGAAAAUGCAAAAUCGGCAGGAGACUAAUACGACUGGUGUGGAGGAUAAUAGUUUAGUUUCUGCAACUUUAUCACAACCAUCAUCGUCUAUCCCCGUGGCUACGACACCUAACGUCCAAGCAUCGGCAACUACUUCCAUUAUCCCUGUAACAACUGCGGCAUCAUCAUCAACGAAACCAGAGUCGAAUCCUGCCCAGACCACUACAAAAAAGAAGAAAGGAAAGAAGGGACGAUAA